AUGGCACCGAGGUCUGGUAGAGUUGCUCCCACAUUAUACGACUCUGAGUAUUAUGACACAUUGGCGAGUGAAAUUCAAGAGAAAUAUGUUGAUCAAUUGUUCAACUUGAAAGAUAAAGACUUUGAAAUUUUAUCUACAAUGAGAUAUGAUCCCAAAUUGACAACUGUUCCACCAGUGACAGUUAACGAUAUUACGAAAGAGAACUUCUUUCUCUUUGAUGAACAUUAUCAUCGUUUGGUAUUUACUUUGCAAUACUUUCAAUUACAACUUAACGGAUCUACUAGUCUAGAAUUUGACAUUCCUUAUGAUUUUUUGUGGAACAAGCUAACAGAAGCCAUUAGGGAAUCUAAGAAGCAGGUUUACGAACCGAUGAAGAUAAGGCUAUUGGUGUCUUUAGAGGGUCAGGUCAAUAUAGAGAUUUAUGAAACCACAUAUAGGAACAAUCUCUUGGACGGUUUUAAUGAGACUUCUAGUGACCAAAUUUGGGAUGUGUUUAUUGAUCUGGAACCUUGUUUGGUCUCCCCGUUCACGUCUUUUAAAACCACCAAUCGGGAUGCUUAUAAUAAAGCCAGAGAAAGGUGUCUACCUGGAAAGAAGCCGGGAAAAGAGGAAGUUUUGCUAGUAAAUACUCAAGGGCAUCUAAUGGAAGGGUCCAUCUCUAAUGUCGCAAUCAGGAGGAAAGAAGAUAACAUAUGGGUGACUCCUCAAUUAAGCUGUGGUUGUCUAUGUGGGGUUAUGAGGCAUUUUUUAUUAAGGAAAGGUUUCCUUGAAGAGCAGACCCUUCAUGCUGAAGAUUUAGGUCCAGGAAGUGAAGUAUUAUUAUUUAACGGUGUAAUGGGCGUUGUAAAGGGUAUCGUUAAAUAG